ACGUUUCUGUAUUAUUUCAUGAAAUUGCGCUCUGCGAUUCCAGCGGAUUUUAGUCAAUCACGUUUGAAAAGUCGACAAGAAUAGAAGUUAACAUAAAAGUACGCGCUCUAUAGAUUCACAAUGGAUAAAGUAAAGAGUGGAGACCACGUCCUCGUAAUCUGGAACAAGACCGAUCAAGAAGCGCUGGGUAACAUUGUGAAAGACCUUCAAGGUGCCUGUGGUAAUGGUUCAGUGGCUCUAGAAAACUCGGAAAUGCUGACUGAAUCGUCACGUCCACACUCCACAUUUAACGUGAUCAUAUCAAAUUGGACUCAUCCUCAUUCAAUAACACACAGUGAUAGUCUGUUAUCUAUAAUCGUGAAACUCCUCAAGCCAAACGGUACAGUGAUACUAAAAGAUACCACAGAACUAUCCAGCUCUCUCAAAUUGAAUGGGUUUUUGAAUGUUACAAAAGUUGGAGAUGUUUACACAGCAGAGAAACCAAACUUUGAGGUUGGUUCCAAAGCCCCACUAAAACUCGGUGGCAACUCCGGUGUAUGGAAGCUAGAUGAGACAGUAGAAGCAGCAUGGAGUGGAGGCAAAGAUGAUGACAUCAUUGACUCAGACCAACUCCUUGAUGAAGAUGACCUCAAGAAACCAGAUGAACAAUCUUUAAGAGUAUGUGCCACCACGGGUAAGAGAAAAGCCUGUGCGGACUGCUCCUGCGGGCUUGCCGAAGAGCUGGCGGGGCAGACCAAGGAGACACCCAAGUCUUCCUGCGGCAGUUGUUACCUGGGCGAUGCGUUCCGCUGCGCCACGUGCCCCUACCUCGGCAUGCCGGCGUUCAAGCCCGGGGAGAAGGUGGUGCUCGACCUCAACAGCGAUAUAUGAAGUGUGUGAACAGGAACGGUGGUGCUAGUAUGUAUUGCACUCAGUUGUAACUAAGUUUUUAUAUAGUUGUGGAAGUGGAGUUAGGAGGUGUGUAUUUUGCGCUUAAUAUUUGCGUCUAUAUCCCAUUCCACGGUAAAAGACACCUGAUACAAACAAAAACUACCCUUAUUUGAAUGUCAGUUGUCUUUCCCCGUGGAAUGGAAUAUAAGCAGCUCUUUAAUGGAUAUACUUGUGAUGUAAUUUUGAGUGCAAAUAAUUUAGUUUGUUUUGGAAUACAUUAUUAUAAUAAUUUAAAUUCGUAAAUUGCACUGGUCAUUAUGUCUCAAAUUCUUUAAGAAAUUAAAUAGUAUGUAAUGGCGAACAAUAAAACACAUGUUUUUUUUUUAGCAAAUAUUCAAUUAAACAUAUUUCUCUUCUUUUUACAAACAGUUAACUUAUUUUAACAUAUCUCGAUUUAUAACAUUUUUCUCCAUUUACAUUAGUCAGAAAUAGUACUCAUUCCGCUAUAUAAUAAAAUAUACAUAUAAUAUUUAUAUAUCUGCCAUACUUUGUCAUAUAUCAUCAUUAUAUAACAUUUUAAUAUAAUUAUUUACUUAUGAAAUAAGUGACAACAUUUUCUGAUUCCUAAUUCCUUGCGAAUAAAACAGCCCUAUUGAAGUGGUUCUUCACAAUAUUGUAAUGAAAUUAUACAUAUUGAAAUGAUGUUUCGUAACUGUAUGUAUUUCUAUUUAUUUAAACUCGUUAUGUAUUAAACAUAAACUUCAUUCAAUGACUUGAAGACCUAAAAAUAUUGAGUACUUUCUACAUACAAAUGGCACAAUCAUUUUGUCAGCAGUAGAAGGUUUUUAUACAUUUUAGCUUUUUGGUCUGUGCAUUUAGAAUAUGUAUGUAUUGUGUUUGAAUAGUUUUAUAUUUUUUAUAAAUAUUUAGAUUGAAUAUUACUGGCCAGUUCAUUGGCUACUCGGAAGUUUAAAAUGGACCUCUUUUGCUUAGUUACCUACUUGCGCAACAUUUAUAACGUAUAUUCAUUUAAUUAAGUUAACUUUUAUUCCUAUUUAAGCUGAGGGAUACUUUUGCACAUACUUUAAUAUUUUUUUAUAUAUCUCUGUAUUGUAUUGUCAGUUAAGCGAUUGAGGUGAUACUGGCACUAGUGAAUGAAAACUAUUUAUUAAAUAAUAUUUUGUAGACUCCA